CAUCGAUCAGAUGCAAAGUUCAAGUUGCAACUGCACAUUCUUGCGUGACGUCACACGUCACGGUUGCAUUACUCACCAACCAUUGCAGCUCAUGGCAGCAAGCGGUUAGAAGCGGCUCUUUCUGUUCGCCACAUUCCCGUCUGUUUUGCUCUGAAGUUGAGGAAUAUUGCAAAUUAGCAUGGCUUCAGCGUACUAUGAGUUUUACCGGGGGUCAUCAAUUGGAAUGGCCCUGACAGACUCGCUGGACGAGCUUAUCACGAGUGGUGCUAUCACACCACAAUUGGCCAUGAAAGUCCUUCAACAGUUUGACAAGUCGCUUGCGGACACGAUGGUCAAGCAGGUGAAAACAAAGACUACACUCAAGGCUCGUGCGCUUCUGGGCAGCCUUCGGACAUACCGUUUGUGCGAUGAUGUGUGGACAUUCAUCGUCAAGAACCCGUCCUUCAAGAUGGAGUCGAACGAAAUGGUCUCAGCACCUCGCAAUGCCAUUGAAGCGGGAAAGAAAUAGUCUAGGCCUAUCUGACAGCUCGAGCAUUCUCAUAUGGCAGUUACUUCGUAUCCAUACAAUGUUGUACUACCUUUCCACGCUGUUAUUUCUCACUGGUCACGGUUGUCAUGGAUAGAUAAGCAAAUAUUAACUUCGAUUCUGAUACUAGCCUGAAAU